CAACUUCGACACACAAGCCCAUGCUUUCCUCAUUCCUCAUGUUGAUGCUCUUAACUAAAAAAAAUUGGACUACAUUACAGACAAACAAAACCGAAAACUCAACAGCUUGAAGCCGGUCCUGGCUCCGGCUCUGCAGUCUGCAAUUCAUUUUUAAUCUUUAGUAGAGCCCACCUAACUACGUGAUAAUGAACAAGAGUCAACGGGACAAAAACGACCUGGCGUGUCAGGCGGCGGACGAAUUUUGCAAGCUGUACUACGAGUGCAUGGACAAGACACGGCACCUGAUCAACAAGCUGUACCUGGACUCGGGCCUACUGGUGUACAACGGCACCGGCGUCAGCGGUAAGGACAACAUCCAGAAGUUUAUCGCUGAGCUGCCGGCCACCAACCACACAAUUUCCUCGCUGGACGCGCAGCCCAUCAGCGAGUACGCCGUUGGUCAGCAGUCGACGCUGACCAUCCUCAUCGCUGGCAAUGUGCGAAUCGCGGACCGCAAGGCCGCCUACUUUGUGCAGGACUUCACUGUCACGGUUCACGACAGCAAGUGGCGCAUCGUCAGUGACUGCUUCAGACUGCAAGAGCCCAUGCCCUGAAGUGAAAUUAUCACUGAAAGCUUGAAACACUCGUUCAGAAUAGUGCGAAUCAAUUGUGCUCCAGAGACUAGCUGAUCUUGCUGCUAAUUGAUUUGAUGUUUCUUCCACUGUAAGAAGAAACUUAAUUAAAGAAUGAGUGACGAAUUUAACAUUAUUCGCGGUGAGAUCCUUAAUUGGUCAUUUAAAGAGUUGAAGUAAAAUUGUCAAUUCGUUUUUUUCA